CGCGCCCGCCCGCCGGGGCCUGUGCGCUGCGGCGCGUGCGCGAGCGGUGCAGCACCGGCCGCGGGAGCUGGGAGUAUUAUGGGCUGUGGGUGCCGCUGAGCAAGAUGGAGCUGUCUGCAGUGGGCGAGCGGGUCUUCGCGGCCGAAUCCAUCAUCAAACGGCGGAUCCGAAAGGGACGCAUCGAGUACCUGGUGAAAUGGAAGGGGUGGGCCAUCAAGUACAGCACUUGGGAGCCUGAGGAGAACAUCCUGGACUCGCGGCUCAUUGCAGCCUUCGAGCAGAAGGAGAGGGAGCGUGAGCUGUAUGGGCCCAAGAAGAGGGGACCCAAACCCAAAACUUUCCUCCUGAAGGCGCGGGCCCAGGCCGAGGCCCUCCGCAUCAGCGAUGUGCACUUCUCUGUCAAGCCGGGCGUCAGCGCCUCCUCGCCCAAGCUGCACUCCAGCGCGGCUGUGCACCGGCUCAAGAAGGACAUCCGCCGCUGCCACCGCAUGUCCCGCCGCCCCCUGCCCCGCCCUGACCCCCAGGGCAGCAGCCCCGGCCUGCGCCCCCCUAUCUCGCCUUUUUCCGAGACGGUGCGCAUCAUCAACCGCAAGGUGAAGCCUCGGGAGCCCAAGCGUAACCGCAUCAUCCUCAAUCUGAAAGUCAUCGACAAGGGCACGGGCGGCGGCGGGGGCCCUGGGCAGGGGGCCGGAGCACUCGCUCGCCCCAAGGUCCCCUCGAGGAACCGGGUCAUCGGCAAGAGCAAGAAGUUCAGCGAGAGCAUCCUACGCACCCAGAUCCGCCACAUGAAGUUCGGCCCCUUCGCGCUGUACAAUAAGCCCCCGCCCGGCCCUCCGCCUCCCCCGCCGGCGGGGAAGGCUGACCCUGCGGCCCCUCCCAGCCCAGGGCUGCUCCUGGCUGCCCCUGCGGCCCCCUUUGAUGCCCGCAGCUCCAGCUCCUCCAGCUGCCCCUCGCCAGCACCGCAGUCCUCAUCGGACCCCCACGAUGUGCCCCCCAAGCUGCUCCCUGAGACCGUGAGCCCCACUGCUCCCGACUGGCGGGAGCCGGAAGUGCUUGACCUGUCCAUCCCUUCUGAGGCCGUGGCCACCAGCAAGCGGGUGCUUCCCGACAUCUCUGCUGCCACCAGCCCAGCGCUGCCCGCGGCCCCGGAGCCUGCCAGUGCUGCCUCCGAGCCUGAAGCUGGGGACUGGCGCCCUGAGAUGUCACCCUGCUCCAAUGUGGUUGUCACCGAUGUCACCAGCAACCUUCUGACAGUCACUAUCAAGGAAUUCUGCAACCCCGAGGAUUUCGAGAAGGUGGCUACUGGAGUAGCAGGUGCCACUGGGGGUGGUGGCAGCGGUGGGGUGAGCAAGUGAGGGGGGCUCCACCAAGGAGGGGGGCUUGGGGGGGCCCUCCUGCCCAAAGUCAUCCUCUUGCUCCCGCCCCCAUCCCCACCCUCAGACACCUCUGCCUGUGCUUUGCUUGUUUCAAAUGGCUCAGUGUGGCCCCUCCAGGAUGGGGCUGGGCAGUUGGAGCACCCCCCCUCCCUCGAGCCCAGUGGGAGCAGCAGUCCUGGAACGGGUUAGGGCUGGGGUGGGGUGAGGGCACUUGGAAGUCCUUCUUGGCCCUUGGCACCCUCCCUGCCCAUGCAUGGUGGGGCCUGCUGGGUGGCUCCCAGGGAGCCCCCUAACCUGGGGUUCAGCUGCCUGCUCCGCAUCCUGCUCUGUCUCCCCAGCUUGCUUUCAGCUCUCAUGCACAGCAUCUGAAUUUCUCGGUGCUAACCCGGCAGCUGUGGGGCCCCUAGGAGACCCUCCUCCCAGUGGGGGCGCUGACCCUUUCCUUCCCCUCCAGACCUGGGCAGGAGGGCCAGGGUUGGCAAAGCCCAGUCAGAGGUCAGUGAGGGUGGCAGGAGCAGGGCCAGAGGCCUGGGUUUUCCUGCCCACUGCUGGACCUGACCUGGACCUGACCUGAGCAGGUCCCCUUAGGCUCCACCCGGCCUGGCUCCUUCCUCCUCCCCAUCUCAGAGGUGGGAGGGGUCGGCGGGGACCUCACCCUGCCUUGGCCUCCCAGUAGCUAAAGGGCCCUUCAGUUCUCAACCAAAGGUGCUACAAGAAUCUGCCGUGGAAACUUCCAGCUGGCGGGCGUCCCUGCCGCCCCACGGCGUGUUUGCGCGCGUACCUGGACAUGUGCUGGGCCCAAGGCUUUCCAGGCGGCUCCCUUGAGGGUUGCUCAGAAUGUGAUUGUUGAAGGCCCGACCUUUCCUUGCCCAGACCUGGUGCAGGUCCAAGGAGUUUGCUAUGGAGCCCCCAGGCCGAUUCCCCCCCAGCCCAAAUGUGCUGGGGUGCGCACCCCCACACCCUCCUCUUCUAGGGGGUCCACUCAGCCAGCCAGGCUUUUGCUGCAGACAUGGCACGGUGGGGACUGAGGUGGAGCGGGAAGAUGCCCGCCCCGGCCUUCCCCUUCUUUCCUUUCCCGCGUGUGGGGGAAGGAGGAAGCCUGGAAACCACGCCGGGUGUGUGUGUGGGGGGGGAUGUCCCAGGCUCUCCUGCCGCCCCCCACCCCCCACCGCCGCCUUGCUUCUGACCGCUGAAACUCUUCUCACAGCACCGCCUGCUGGCACCAGUAGGAGGCUCUGGAGCCCCGGAUGGCUUUCCUUCUCUGUCGCCAGGGAGCAGAAAGGUCUGUGCCAGUGGCGGAGGCCAGGGCCCCAGCUUUAGGUCAGGCAUUGGGAGGGCGGGCAGGCCGAAGGGGGUGACCAAAGAGGGGCAUGUGCUCUCCAGGAGACAGAGGGUAUGUGGGACCUGGGCUCCGGGGCACUGUGGGGUGGCCACCUGCUGGGCCGGCCCCGGGUCUCAGUCUGGCCUGGGUGGCACAGCCCUGCUUCUGGCUCGAGGGAACUUCCUGGCGUGUGCAGCGAGCAGUGUCCCAACUGAGAAGCGUGAUGGCAAAGGUAGGAGGAGGCAGAAGGGGAAUCCCGUUAGGGAGCAAAUGCCUUUGUCCAGAGUAUGGGAGGACUUGUUCUUCCAACUCUCCCUGCCCCCCCCCCCCGAUGUAGGACAAGGGCCCUCCCAGGGUUUGGGGGGCUGGCACUCCUAGACCCCUCCCCACCCUGCCCUUUGUGUUGGCUCUGUGGCCGUCCAAGUGCCAAUUGGCUUCCCCCCAAAUAAGGGCUGGUAUUUCUCCUCUGUCCUUCGAGGGGAUGUCCCCCCCCCCCCACUGACCCCUCACCCCAGGUGAGUGACUGCCUGGGUGUCAGUUACAGGUGUUUUCCAGAGACCAUAGAAAUGUGUUUUCCUGAGAGUCCGUGUCAUUCGUGACUUUUUUUGUAAAGAAGUUGUGUUUUCAGAGGUGAUUUUAUGACAGGAAAGUGAAAGAAUUAGUUUUGCAAAAAAACAAAAAACAAAAAAAGAGGAAAAAAGAAAAAAGAAAUAGAAAAAAAUAUUGUGGGAUUCCUAUGGGGUCAGGGUGGGAGUGGGGGGAGGGGAGAGAAAGAGAUAUUUAAAGAAAAUUCGUACUGCAGUGAUUGCACAGGUGAGGUGGCGGUGUUAGGACCUGGGACGGAGGGCCUAGGCCUGGUGGGCGGGUCCUUGGGGUUUGGCCCACUGCUUGCUCUCUCCCCUCUGCCUGAGGCUGGGGGCAACCUCCCUCCUAUCCUGGGCCCAGACCCCACACCCACCCUCCUUCAAAGAGAAGGAUGACUGCUGGUCCCAAGGGAACUAGCCAGCCCUGCAGGCGCCCAGCAAAGGGAGCUGAGAUCUGAGGGGAAGGUUGGGGAGGUGGGGGGUGAGCAGGAGUCCCACUGUUGCGUCCUUCAUGACUUUGUCCAGGAAGGCCGGUGACUAGAUACAGUUGGGUUUCUUGCUCUCUGUCAUUCGUUUGCCAGCUUGUCAGGUCAUCUGGUCCCUCCCUCCCCAUCACCCCAACCACAACACCCCUGAGCUUCCCUGACCAGGUGGGGGAUACAAGCUUCAGGGAGAAGGAGCUGUAGAUUCUGGGAGAAUUUUAGGUGGUAAGGGAUGGGGGUAACCAUGGGGAGAGGGGAACGCCUGCCCCUUCUCUUUGCACAGGUGGGCCGCUGCCCCUGACCCUCUGCCAUGUGGCCCCAUUCCGUGUCAGCACACACAGAGGCACGCAUGCGCACUGCUUUGAGGUGGGCACAGGGUCAAGAGCAAGUGGGGCCCUCCUUAUCUCUCUCCCAGGGUGGCUCUGAGCGGGGACCCAUAACAGCCCCCCCCCCACACACACACUCUUGCACGAAUCAGCCUCCUACAGGCCCUCUCCCCUUGCUGCUUUUCCGUUUGCCUAAUUACCAAGCAGAAGUUGCAUUCUGGUUUGCUUUAUUUUUAUAUGUGAGAUACCCCCCAAAGCCUGAUAUCCUGCUAUAUUCAGUGUCGGUUGGGGCAUCGGUCAUCUCCCCUUAAUGCCACCCCUUCCCCAUCCACAUGUCAUAGGAAACAAGUGAGGUCUGGUGUCUCCAAUUUGAGAUGGGAAGUUGGGACACCUCUCUGUCUUAUUCCCCUCUCUGACCCUCCGUGUGCCCUUCUGUGAAAUGGGCGUAUUGGGUCCAAGUCCUCUUCAUAAAGCACUGCUGGUGUCCAGACGGGUGCUGAGGAUUCAGUGCUGGUCGACGUCUUUGGCACUGGGGCCUCUAGCCUCCCACAGCCCCCUUGUUCUUGCCCUGCAAAGGGGUCUGGGGCAAAACGAGCCCCAUCCUUCUCCUGGAAAGAAGGGAUGAUUGAGGUCCAACCUCAGUGUGAGGUGGGCACAGUGGGAGGGGUUACCCCAUUGAAAAGACCGGGAAACUGGGGUUCUGGGAGGCAAAGCUGCUUCGCUGGGGUGAAGAGCCCAGCUGCUCUGGCGUUUUGGCAAAAGCCCAUUCAAAGGAGGGAGCCUGGGAUGUUGAGGCCACUACAGAGCUGGCAGCCCCCCCCCAUGGCCCUCCCCCUUCCCAGGCAGCCCUGGUUGAGGGGUCAGCCCAGAGGAGGAACCUGUUAGGUGGGGGGUGCUGGGCCAUGACCAGCCCUUUUAACCUCCAUGGGGACCCAAGUGGACGCACCACCAUUCCCACCUUCUGGGAUUUUAUUGGUUGGUUGGGUUGGGUUGGGUUUUUUGGGUUUUGGGGUUUUUUUGCUUUUAUUUUGUUUUUGCACUUGGCCCACGCCGGACAGUGGAGCCCCAUAGGGUCAGUUCCGCUUUCGGGCUCCCAUGCACUAGUCCAAGGCAGCCUCUCUGGGGGCUUGUAUGGUUUAAGGAAUCACUUUUAAAAAGAAAAGGAAGGUGUUUAAAGGUUUUCGUUUUUUUCGGUCUGCAUCUCCUCUCGGAUUCAAAAAGGAGUUUAGGGGCUAACACUCCAGGAGAGGGUCUCCCCAGCCUGACUCCCAUGUUGCUGGCAGUCACCAAGAUGCCAAAGUACGGGGCCAGGCUGAGUGGAGACUGAGGACCCCACGCCCCAUGCCUGCGGGGUCCCCCUGCCCCUCCUCGAAGGAGUUGAUACCCUGCUCCAACACUGAGUGAGUGCCUACUGUAUGCAGAGCUUCGGCUAGGCAAACAGGGUUGAUGGUCUAACAGGGGACCCCUUGCAAUAGGCCAAGCAAGGUAGAAGGAACGAAGGGUUCUGGGGCCUGCCCCCCUUCUUGGGAGGAGUGCAGAUAGACACUUUUUGUUUGUUUUAAUUUAAAAAAACAAAGGCCUAAAAAAAAUGUAUCUUAUAAUUUUUUUUAAUUUUUGAAAAGCUCAUUUAAAUGAAUUGUGCACGAAUGAAUUCUAUAUAUAUAAAAUAUACGUAUAUAGCUCUAUAUUUGGGGAGGGGCGCCAUCUCUUUUUUUCUCUUUCUCAUUUUAAAAAUGAAGUGUUGUUGCCUUUGUCUGUGGUUCAACCAUCCAGCUGCCAGCUGGCUAAACUUUGCCUCCAGUGGUGCAGGAGAGGGACUGAGCGGGCGGCAGGAGACCAGAAAUGGAGAUGCCGCCCCCCAGGCCACCUGCCUGGAGCCUGCGGGUGGAGAAGACCGCGUGUUUUGGGUGUGGGCUUUGGUUCUGUUCCGGAUUCAGUUGUUUCUGGGCCCGGGGGAGGGGGGUUUGUGCCGAUUACUCUCGUCUUGUACGUUUAGUUCCUGCUGCUCUUCAAUGUUGUAUCAAUGCCAGGAAGGGGGAGUGAAAAGCCUCUUUUGCCCCCCCCCCAAAUAAAUUGUCACAUUCCGAAGCUAAA